AUGCAUGUGUGCAGACAAUCGGCUCGUGUAACAAGUGCUGUACAUACACCGCGCACUGCCGCUGCGGCAGCAGCCGCGGGCAGAGAAAACGAAUUGGCUAGAAGCAGCGACGCCCGAACACUGCGGCUGCAACGGCACCGUCGGAGGCAGCAGCAGCCGCAACACCAACGGCAGCGCUCUUCUGAGCUGCAGCAGCAGCAGCAGGAGCAGCAAAACAAGCAGCAAGAGGCACCGCAGCAGCCCAUCCAGCUGCUGCUCCCGUUGGACAGUGCUCCAGCCACAACUCAAGGCGCUGAAAUUUUUCUGCGGCAGCGCAAGCGUCACAUGGCCAUGCCUGAAGAUGGAAUUCUCCUCCACAAUCCCAAGAUCGACGCUGUAGAAGCCCCCAUCGUCGGCCCUUUGACGCCCUUGCAGGAGCAGCAAGGCGGCUUGCAGAACCUGUACAAGAAGCGGCUUUGUGGAGACGUUGAGCCUGCGCAUCUCUCGAAAGUGGCGUUUGACGCAGAAUACCACAAGUUUGCCUCCAAGGGAGUGGCGACGGAUCCUUCUGACGGAGCGGCUACAGCGGCUGCUGCGGAAGGCGAGGCUGCCGUGGAAGCCCCUCUCAGACAGGCGGCAUUCAAGCCUCUGCCGUUGCAUGGGGAGAUUAGCAUUGGCAACAUUAGCAGCGCUAGCAGCAGCGUUAAAACGACGCGGAAGGAGCGCAAGGCUUGCCGGCUGCAGCGCAACACUGACGUUGAGAGUGAGGAGUUUCAGGGCCCUUGGGCUCUGUAUGUGCAUCCCGCCACGGCUGCUGCGGAGGCGGCAGCGGCAGCGAAGGCACGUGCUGGAGGCGAGGAUGGAUUGCAGGGAGCCAGCUCGUUGGGAGGGAGAGAGGAAGCAGCGGAGAGGGGAGACGGCGCAAAGGCGGAGGUUGUCGUGGCGUCUCUCCACGGUUCUUCCGAGGCGAAAUCGAGUGCCUCCGUGGGCUCGGCAGUUGGAGCGGCAGCGGCUUCUCUGCCGGCCACCUCUCCGCUGGAUACGCCAUUCAACCCGCCUUCUCUCCCGACGGGAGGUAUCUGCUUUCGGGAGAUUCAACUGGCCGUCUCUUCUUCUGGGAAUUCAAGAGCGGCCGCAUCGUUAGGACCCUUAAAGCGCACAACAAAGUCUGCAUGGGCUGUCAGUGGCACCCCACAGCGCAGAGCAGAGUCUUCACCUGCGGCUGGGAUGGCCUUAUCAAACUGUGGGACUAACGACUCGGACUGCCGCUGGUGGCGCGAGGCAGAAAGAAACCUUAGAUUUUACACUGCAGGGGGCGGGAUGCUGCACAGGGUUCCUUUUCAAAAGCAGCAACAGGGGAUGCACACGUUGCCAUUCGCACGAAACAAUAGGACAAAACACGCAGAGAAGGGAGAGAAAUAG